AUGAGCGAAAGAGACCGUUUACCACAAUCUCAUGUCACGCAUAUUGAUCAUUUGUUAACUGAAAUCGAAUCUAGCGAUGGUCCAUUAAGUCCUACUCUCAGGGCUGUCUAUGAGAACAAUUUAGAUGAAGAAUUUAACCAAAAGUUACAAAACCGAGUCAAGACUUAUGAUAAAGAUAUCGAACGAUUAUGCAAUUACCAUUACCAUGGCUUUAUAGAAUCUGUUAGUGAGCUAUUAAGGGUCAAGACUGAUGUCAGAAACUUAAAGUCAAACAUCACUGGAUCCAAUUUAGCCUUGCAGGAAUCCGGAAAGCAGCUAUUAACAAAGUGCGAAGAUCUUAUACGCUUACGCAAGAUACAGAGGAAUAUUAUUGUUACAAUUGAAGCUUUACAAAAGUGUUUACCAGUUUUGGAACUAUAUGCAAAGUUAAACGAGCAGAUGGAAAAGAAAAGAUUCUAUCCUGCCUUGAAAACUUUGGAACUACUAGAACAUCAACACCUACCUCAUAUUGACAGCUAUCGAUUUACUGAAAUGAUGAAAGAAUGUAUCCCGGUUAUAACUAAAAAUAUAGAACUAGCUUCAAAAUCGGACCUACAGGAUUUCCUUGAAAAUAUUCGGCAUAAAUCUGAAUUAAUAGGUAGCAUGUCCAUGCGUGAGACCGAAACUCACAGCAGCCUCAAUAUCGUGCAUGAUAAGGCCACGGAGAAUUCUGAAGAAGAGGAGAAAAGUGUUCAAGAUCUUGUUGAUUUUUCUCCCUUAUACCGCUGUUUGCAUACUCAUACUGUGCUGGGAUCACGAGAAUAUUUUGAAAUGUAUUAUCGUGAACAACGAGAAAAUCAAGCUAGAUUAGUAUUGCAACCUCAAGGAAUUCAGAAUGAAUCACUAGAUAGCUAUCGUAGCUACUUUCAUCAAAUUGUUGGGUUUUUUGUAGUUGAAAAUACUGUUCUCCAUACAACUAGAGGAUUAGUUACAAGAAACACAAUUCAACUUUUAUGGGACUUGGCUUUACAAAAGAUAACGAGCGUUGUGCGCGUUCAAUUCCUGCAUUGCAAGGAUUCAAAAACUAUUCUUGAUGUUAAAGAACUGAUGGUGUGCUUUUGUAAUACUUUAGCUGGUUAUGGCUUUAGUGUUUCGAAAUUACACGAUAUCCUAAUGGAAGCCAGUGAUGCUUACAAUGAUAAGCUCUUAACAGAAUGGAAAGAUAAAUUUCUAAUUAUUUUUCAAUCCGAUAACUACACUCCUAUCACUGUGAAUGAUAAUAAAGAUUAUUGGCGAAAUAUUGAAGAGUUUCCUUUUAAACCUAGUAAAGAUAUUACUAGGAAGGAUAGUUAUCCAAUGACGUUGCCGUUCUCAUCAUUGGUUCUUAACGUCUAUAAAGAGAUAAAGCGAUUUAUCGUAACAUCGGUGAAAUUUGCCGAUAAUUUGAACUUAAGCCUUACUGAUAUCGAUGAUAAACUUCGCAAGUCAACUAAUGAUCUUUUAACUAAAACAUUGACGGAUGUAAUGGAUGAAUUUGUUGAAAAGCCCUUCUUGCACUUAUCUCAGUUGACCCAGCUAUCUCACAACACGGUCUAUCUAGAAAAAGCUUGCGGAAAUUUAGAGCAGUACAUAUCAUCAAUUACCGGGGCUGUUAGCGAUGGGAUACACGUAACACGACUUUAUGGUACUUCUACGUUUUCGGAUGCUCGUCAAAAAGCAGAGGAUAGGAUUUACAUACUUUUAAAUAAAAAGUUGGAUGAAUUCUUUGAUUUAGCUAAUUACGACUGGACUGCAACGGAGGGUAGGCACCGUCCUAGCGGCUACAUGGAUGACCUCUUAGCAUAUUUGCGAGAUGCAUUGAGUACUUUAAUUUCUUUGCCGAACAAUGUUGCUAUUUCUGCAUGUAUAUCUUCUUGCAAACACAUUUGUGAAAGGCUUAAGGGUUUUCUGAAAAGUGAUGAAAUCAAGCAAAUUAACGUUAACGGACUUAAGCACUUUAAAGAAGAUUUACAAGUUUGUCUUGAAUUUGCUAAAGCCCCGUUACCUCAUGUAAAUUCGAUUUCUUUAACAACAACUUUCUUAGAAGUCGAACAGCGUGACGCUACUGUUAUCGUUGUUGGAAAAGUACGUACAACGAACGCUUUUUGUUUAGUAAACUACUCAGCCAAUAUUAUACUUGUUUGGAUAAAAGAAGGAGAAGGUCGAAAAACUAUCUUUUCUUUUAAAAGAGCCGAUCGAGAUCGUAAGAAAUUCUACGAAAACUUGAUUAGGCGCCUUAAGCCAAUGUGUCCCAGCAACGUUACUGAACCUGACCGAUCGGUGGAGUCAUAA